CGGCCGUAGAAGACCCUAGAGUACAGAAGAGCCUGUUGUGCCUCAAAGAGUCCAUGCGUGACCUCAGUAACACCUACACCACGGCUCUGAUGGCAUAUGUCUUCACCCUGGCAGGAGACAUGGAGACCAGAGGUCACCUUCUGGGGCACCUGGACUCGGUCUCAAUACAACAAGGAGGUUUCCUCCACUGGUCUCAGACUUCAACGUCGGCCUCUCUCUCCGUGGAGAUCAGCGCCUACGUGCUGCUGGCUAAACUCAGCGCCUCUCCGACGGUUGAAGACCUCGGCUACGCCACACGCAUCAUCAGGUGGCUGACGACCAAGCAGAACUACUACGGAGGCUUCUCCUCCACGCAG